AACAGCAUAACAUUUCGUAUCUUUCGUACAAUCUGAAAGAGGAUUUGCCAUGAGAAUUCUCGUGAGAGCUUGGGCCAGAUAUCAACAGUUACUCAUAACUCACCCGUGGAGAACUCAAACUAUUGGCACAGGUGUUCUUGUUGCCAUUGGUGAUGUUGUUACACAGCAGUGUGUUGAGCAGAAAGGGAUCACUCACAAUUUCACCAGGACAGCUCGUAUGGGUGUUGUUGGUUUAAUUAUCGGCCCUGUGUUUAGAACAUGGUACCUGACAUUGGACAGACUUGUUCCUGGAGCAGCAAAGACUGCCGGCUUCAAAAAGAUGCUCCUUGAUCAGGCUCUCUUUGCUCCAUGUAUGAUUUGCUUUUUCUUUGGUGUUACAGAGACUUUAGCUGGGAAAAAACCCUCUGAAAUAAAAGAAAUGCUUCAGGAGCGCUAUUUGGAGACAAUGGUUACCAAUUACAAAAUAUGGCCUCUGGCGCAGACGAUUAACUUCACGUUUGUUCCAAUUCAGCAUCAGGUGGGGUUUGUUCAGAUAGUGGCAAUAUUUUGGAAUGCCUACAUGUCUUGGAUGACCAACAAGCCACUUCAAAAGGCCACCCUAGAUAGCGUGAACUAGAUUUGCUGUCUGCUGACUAAAUUAUUUUCAAAAAGAAACCUGCCAGGAGAGCAGAUGCUGAAAUAUGCAUGAAAAGUAAACUAAGGUAUUUGAAAGAAAAUAGUGUUGUUUUCAAUCACAUUUCCUUAGUAUUCAAAUCACUCAUGAACUUUGCAAUUGGUUCAUUUGUGUGCAGUUGGUUUAUUUGUGUGUUUGUGUAAGAAGGUGAAGGAGUGGGUGAGUAGGGGGAAGGGGCCUUAAGGAUUUUAGACCUUGACAAUUAAUAAGCUUAAUUGCAUAUAAUUCAUGUAAACUGUCAGAUUUUGGUGGUCAAAGACGCCAAAAAAAAGAUGUCAACAAUAACAGUUUAAUAAUGAGUAACAUUUGUCAGCUAUGAAAUGUGGUUAUCAUAGCAGUCACAAGCUUGUAGCUGUAGAAACAGACCAAGGAAAGGAAACUUAUUUGCCUUCUAAGGCUCAGUUGUGAAGUAGCAAUACUUUUAAACAAAUGUAAAGGAAGUGAACACAGAUUUGUAUUCUGAAACUUUUAACUGUAUUUGACCGGGGAGGGCAGGGAUUCUUAACCCUCUUACCUCCUGGAUCCUAUUGUUAUUCUCCUUAACUUAAGGAUAUUAAUUUGGAGAAUUUGGUAUUUGAUCAACUAAUAAUCCCCUUAUUGAUAGUUUUCUCUAUUCUCAUCACUUUCUGCUUGAUAUUUUAUUGUCAGUAUUGACAUUGUGGGGGAAAAUUUUGUUAAUCUUGGGAAGUUAAAUGGUCAACCCUUUGCCCCUUAAGAGUGACCAACAUUUCAUUUUUCCUGUUAAUAUAAUUCCUGAAUCAAACAUUAAGGUCAAAGAAUGAAGGAAAAUGAUCAUCAACUAAUGAAGCUCUAGAUUGUUUAAACAAAUCCUUCAUGUCAGCACUUAAAAAAUGUACAGGGAAUGGUGGGGAGAGUCUGUGUUUUGAUGUUAGGGUGUAAAGUUUUAAAGGGCAAGUAAUUGUGCCAGAAGCUAUUAAUUUUUUCUUUAGCAUAAAGAGGUAUACUGUGAAUUAUAAACUAAGCUGCUCAUGAUCACUGAUGAUCAGGGAUCUCGCUCAUCAUGUGAGACUCCAUUGAGCAUCCAAACUAUUCAAAUGUGUUGAACUUUUGGCUGCUUGCUCAGUAACCUGGCUGCUUUCCUGUGAAGUGAAGAAGUCUCUUUCCUCUUCUUUUUUUUUCCAUCUGGAAAUUUUUUUAUAUAAGUUGGAGCUACAGGAAAUUAUAAAUUUUUGUGAUGAUCAGAAUAGCUGCUUUUUGUGAUACCCCACUUUGUGGUUUUGUGUGUAGUUAGGUUACCAAGUUUUACAUAAUUAGAUGUAAUUGGCAUAAUUAAGUUCUGUACAUGAAAAUUAUGUGACUGGGAGGCAUUCUUUUCCUUUAAGAGUGGAAGUAUUGAAUAUUUAUGUAGACAUUAUUGAUAAAAUAGAGGUGUGAAAUUAAAAUUUUUUGAAUAUCAAAUUACAUUUUGUAUUCUAUAUACAAGGCUAA